GGCGGCAGCACCGGGAGAAAACUCGACGGGUAGGGAGCGGGGGAAGGCGAUCAGCGCUGCUGCCUCCGAGGGGUACAGCCGUGCCGUGCCGUGCCACCUUGCCCGGCAGCGAUCGGCGAGGGCCACCGGCGAUGCCCCCUCCCCCAGCCCGUGCUGGCGAACCUCCGGUGUCCGCAUGCUUCUAAGAAGGGUAUUGACCAUGAGGAAGCCCAUGUGCUAGUAACCAGUGUUUGCUAAUCCUGCUGAAGAAAAUGAAGCCACGUUUCAGCUUUGCCGAUCCUUUUCCCACCCUGUCGGCUGAAUGAGAAAUGGUCGUGUGAUUAUGCUGACAGCCCAGCAUGCAUUUGGUAGACCCGUGGUUAACUCGUUCCCUCUCCAUGUGUCUGCUCUUACAAAGUUUUGUCCUCAUGAUACUGUGCUUUCAUUCUGCCAGUAUGUGCCCAAAAGGCUGCCUCUGUUCCCACUCCGGGGGUCUGAACGUCAGCUGUAGCAAUGCAAACCUCAAGGAGAUACCCAGAGAUCUUCCUUCAGAAACAGUCUUACUUUAUUUGGACUCCAAUCAGAUAACAUCUAUCCCCAACGAAAUUUUUAAGGACUUGCACCAAUUGAGAGUACUCAAUUUAUCAAAAAACGGGAUUGAGUUUAUCGAUGAACAUGCCUUUAAAGGGGUGGCAGAAACCUUGCAGACUCUGGAUUUGUCCGACAACCGGAUUAAAAGCGUGCACAAAAACGCUUUCAACAACCUGAAGGCCAGGGCCAGAAUUGCCAACAACCCCUGGCACUGUGACUGCACGCUGCAGCAGGUGCUGCGGAGCAUGGCCUCCAACCACGAGACGGCCAACAACGUCAUCUGCAAGACCUCUGUGCUGGACGAGCACGCGGGGAGGCCCUUCAUCAACGCUGCCAACGACGCCGACCUCUGCAACCUCCCUAAAAAGACUACUGACUACGCCAUGCUGGUCACCAUGUUUGGCUGGUUCACCAUGGUGAUCUCCUACGUGGUUUAUUACGUGCGACAGAACCAGGAGGAUGCAAGGAGGCACCUGGAGUACUUGAAAUCCCUGCCAAGCAGGCAAAAGAAACCAGAUGAAGCCGAUGACAUUAGCACUGUGGUAUAGUAUUCUGAAUACAAUGACUGCCUUUGUGAUGGAAACUAGAGUCGGAUGACGCCUAACCCAGAGGUUUACUUCUAACGUUCAUUGUAAACAUUAAGACUUUUGGGGCUUUUUUUUUUUCCUGUUUAACUGAAUUACGCCACUGUUGAGCUUUCUAACAGAAAGUUUUGUCCGGGUGGUAAAUUUCAAUUAUUUCUCUGGUAGUAUCCUAAAGCAAGUGAAUUAAUAUGUAAACAUUAGUUUAGACCCAUUCCACUAUUUAAUAAUGAAAUUUAUUUUUUUAAUUUAAAAACUAAAUAAAAGCUUAAAUUUGAACCAU